AUGACGCGUACGACGCUGCUCGACUCGAUCCUCGGGCGUCCUUCGCAGACGUAUGCAUCGUCGCACGAAGGCGAGUCGUCGUGGCAGCCAUCGUCGGAGUCGUCUGUGAUCAAGGCGGAGCGGCCGCCGUACUCGGCGUCCGUGACGAGUCCUUCGCAGCGAUCGGCGUCGCGCGAUACCCAUCGACCGCCGUCGCGCGCCUCGCGUGCUGCAGCGGCACCCCAGACACAUACGCUAGUGCGCGAUAUGAACACGGUCAAUCCGUUCUCGCACUGGUGGGAGCAUCGCCAGCACAUGGAAAAGACGCGUCCCGCCACACCGUCGGACGUGCACAGCCCGUUCAGCGAGCAGUGGCGACGCGAACUGGCCUCGCGGGAUCGGCCCGCCUCGCGGCAGACGACCGCCACGCCUCGGCAGGCGCCGCGCUCCGUCACGCCCAUGAACACGUCGCAAUCGUGCGUGUGGGUGCCCUACACCAAGGACGAGUCGGGCAUGGACAUGUCGGCGGUGGGCGUCGCCCUCACGCAGGACACGACGACUGACCUGCCGCCCCUGCUGCAGGGCGCCUCCGUGAUCGGGAAGGGCCCCUUGCGCUCCCUCGCGCACGCCCAGGAACCCAUCACGUCAUCGACGCCGCCGCCCGGCAGGGGCGGCAUGCCACGCACCGUGUCCGCGGCAUCGACGAUCCCAUCGCAGUCCGAUGUGAGCGAGGCGCGCGAGGACGUCGAUGACGAGCUCAUCGGCCUCUCGCGCGACGCCGCUCUCUACGUCGCGCAGGGUGACGAGACGCUCGAGGCGCCUACUCGCGAGCCUCCCGCCCUCAAGCCGCCUCUGGCCGUGCCAGCUCUCCGCGUCCCGUCGCCUGACCUGCGGCGCGAGCGUGAGGACGCGAUGAAGCCGGCGUCGCUGAUUCGCAGGCCGACCGUCGCUCCCUACGCCCAGCGCACCCAGGCGCCCGCGUGGUCCGCCGUGCCGAAGCGCGAGCACUUGCAGUCCCUGGCCGACCACCGCAUGUCGAGCGUCUCCGUGUCGGACUCGCUCAUGGCCGACUUGCCUGUGGAGCCAUGGAUCCUCGGCUCCGAGGUCGGGCACAUGAACCGCAGCGAGCUGCACGACACGCCGCCGAUCAGGCCGGAAGACUUGGAGCCGCUGCACCGCACGCCGACGCUCCAAGGCAAGCCGUACCGCUCGGUCCUAGACCGCCCGCGCCAACGCGGUCCGCGCCCGACCGUCAUGGGCGGCAUUGAGAUUGCGCAGGGCCAGCUCCAUGCGCCGACGCCCGGCGCGACACCCAAGCGCUCCGUGUCUGACAGGCCGCGCCGCACAGCUGACGCGCCGCCUGUGCCGACGCGCAUGGUGUCGGACUCGUCGGUGCGCGCCGAGUCCAUGCCUACAUACCCCGUCUCGCAGCCCGCUCAGCCCGCCUUGAGCCUGCCUUCAUCGCAGCCCCUGGCGUAUCUGCAGGCAUCGCCGCAACGCAUGGAUCUCGCAGCCUCCGCCGUCGUCACAGAGACGCAGCGUGCGCCGCCCGCGUGGACAGAGACGCCGUCCAAAUCCGCGUUCUCGCCCUACGCCACGGCCUUUGUCGAGACGCCGCCCGCGCCGCUGAAGCCGCCGUCGCCUACGCCCGCGCCUCUUCCGCGGCCGCUCAUCCAGGCGCCCAUGUCGCCACCGCUGCCCUUCCACGGACACGUGCAGCCCGGUCUUGCGUCGCCAGUCCAGGCCGCGCCGCCGUCGCCUACUCGUGCGCCCGCUGCGCCGUACCAUGGACCCGCGUAUUCUCCGCGGCCGCCGCCUGGGCCGCAUCAGGGCGCCUCCUCUUGGCAGGCCGUGCCUGGGCCCUACCUCGGGCCCUGGCCGUCGCAGGGCUCACCUACGCCGUACCAUGGCCCCUCGUCUCCUUACCUCGCCGUGCCCGCUGUACCAUACCAGGGGCCCUCGUCGCCUCAGGGCGCGCCACCUGCUUCCUACCAGCGAACCCCGUCCCCUCACGCCCCGCCGCCCGCUCCGAGCCAUUCACCUGCCCUGCCCUAUGCAAGACCGCCCGUGCCGUACCAGCGGCCUCCUCCUGCGAUGCAUCCCAUGCAGCCUCCCAUGCCAUGGCCUGGCAUGCGGUCUACGCCCCGACCGCCGCCUGGGCCUGCGCCGGUGGCCGCGGCGCCGUCGAUGCGGGCCGCCUCUCAGCCGGCGUCGCCCGUCGCGAUGGCCCGGCCCCUGCCGCAUGCACAGACCCCGCCGGCCGCUCCGAUGCCGCGGUCCCUGUCCCAACCGGGGCCAUGGCUCGCACAGCCGCCCAUGGUGCGGCCGCCCGCGCUGAGUGCUUCGUAUGCGCCGGGUCACAGCACGCCGGCCGCGUCUACGAUGCCCUCGCCUAUGCAGCCGGGCAUGAUCGUGCCGCCAGCGCCGCGUCUGCAUGCGCCGCCCCGCGCCGAGCACAUGGGCCGCGCCCAGUCGCCCGUCGAGUCGAUUCGCGUGGCGCCCGCGCCGGUGGUGCCACCGGUGCCGCCAGCGCCAGCCCCGGCUCCCGCGCCUGCGCCUCCGAGUCCCUCGGUCCCGCUGACGCCCAUGGGCCGCGUGCGCAACGUCAACACGUCCUUCCGCCGGAAGCCCACGAUGCUGACGGUCGAUGUCGUGGCUGGCAGUAGCGAUGCUGCGAGCACGAAUGGAUCGACGUCCGGCAAGAGCGGCAGUAUCGCGCGUCGCGCGUCGCGUACACGAGUGGGCAGCGCGUCGGAGGGCAGCACGGGCGUGAUUGUGCUUGGCUCGCACAUGACGCCGCCGCGCAAAGUAUCGUCGUCGGGUGUGAUCGUCAAGGUGAUCGCCGUGGCGAUUGACAAUGUCGACCGGGCGAUGGUGCGGAAUGUGCUGCGUGAUGCGCCGUCGACGCCCUUCGUGCCGGGCCGCAGCUUUUGCGGCCGCGUCGUGGACUGCGGCCUGGACGUCAAGCGCCUGCGGCCGGGCGACUUGGUGUUCGGCCUGCAGGACCUCCGCAAGUGCGGUGCGCUGGCCGAGUACAUCAUGGUGCAUCAGGACGUCGUGGCUGUGGCGCCCGAGGGCCGCCUCGUGCCUGAGCAGAUUGCCGCGCUGCCGGCGACGGGCGUCAUGGUGCACCAGAUUGUGCAGAACCACUGCAUGGUGUUGCCGCGAGGCUCGCGGAUCCUGGUGCUGAAUGCGCACGACAUGAUUGGUCGACUGACCAUGCAGGAGGCCUCGCGGCUCGGGAUGGUGACGGUAGCGCAGGUGCCGCCGGGCGUGCCGCAUGCCGAGGCGCUCUGCCGCCAGAACGGCGCCGUGGAGGUCCUGACGGGCGAUCCGCUGUGGACGAUCAAUCUGCUGCACGAGUCGAGCUUCAAUCUCGUUGUCGACACCAUCGGCAGCCGCCACAUUUACGAUGCGUGCCGCCGCGUCCUCGCGAACUAUGGCCAGUUUGUGACGUGCUAUGGCGACGACAGCCUCGUGGCGAGUCCGAUGUACCGCUCGCACAUGCGCAGCCUGCGCCGCUCGUUUUUCCGCAAGGACCGCAAGGCGAUUGGGUACGAGUGGAUCGGCGUCGACACGAGCGCCGAUACGCGCCAGGCGCUCGAGUCCAUCAGAUCUGCCGUCCAGCACGGUGCGCUCACACCCCAGAUCCGCGCGAUCCUGCCCGUUGAGAUGGCGGCGCAGGCGCUGGGCGCCUCGAUCGAUCCGGACCUCGUCGUGCUUCGCCUGCCGUAG